AUGAGCUGCAGUGUGACAUCUUGUAAUAUCAGCGAUGAUCGUUUCUUGUGGCAGUGUGAAUUCUGCAGAAAAUGUUAUCAUGCAGCUUGUGUAGGAGUCCAGCGAAAUCAAGAAGAAUUUAUCUCGCACUUCAUGAUUCCCCUGUGUGCAGAUUGCCAGCAUAAUCUAAAGGUAGGCAUAGACACACGAAAAGUGCUGUACCAACAGGAAAAAUUAUUUGAAUCUAUAACUACGCAAACGGACUGCAACUUACAAAUAGCAGCCGACAUAAAAAAGUUCAAUUCAAUUGUUGACUUAUUCGAAAAUGUUGAGCUGCAGCUUAAAGAAUCAGUGGCGAAUGUGAACAUAAACACAUCGUCGCAAGUGGCAAAUGCUGUAUCGGCACUAUCGCAGGCCAUUGACAGUAAUUCUUUUAAUAAGGCCGAUGAGCUGGUCACGCUGAAAAACCAUAUCACAUCACUAUUCAACAUAUCUAUGGGAUCCACAAAAAAACACAUUGAAGAGUAUGUAAAUGAUCUCACUGCCGAUUUGACCAGAGAAUUGAAAAAAAUCUGCAGCGAAGUUCAGAACUUGAGCACCCUUACCAUAGAUAUGGCAGCUCAUUGUAAUGAACAUUACCUGAGUGAAUCGCGUCCUACACGUGAAGUUUUAGACGAAGUGAAAAUUAUAACAAAUUCAGUUGGCAGUGACAUUCUCAAAGAAGUACAAUCUCUUGCCGGCUCAAUUAACACUUUGGAUAGCAGUAUACGCGAUGCUUGUUUGCCACCAGCGGGCCCCAGCUUGAUGGACGAAUUAAAUGCCCAAUCAACAAAAUCGGGUGACUCAGGUCACCGUUCCACUGCCGAAGCCACUGAAGGGUGGCGCUUUUUGGGUUCGAAGAAAGUGUGGCGCUCUGACUGGACGGAGUACGACACACGUAAUCAGCGUAGAAUUCAACAGCAAAAGAUGAAAGAUAGGGCGAUGGCACGAAGAAAAGCUAAUAAAAAGCAGUUACAUCGGGUAAUAAAUGAUCGCAAUAAAAACAGACACCAACGUAGCCGUAAUACUAAUGAGACAAAUAAACAUCAGAUAUCCAGAAGCAGUUAUUAUAACUAUAACCUCAAUGACAACAACAAUAGCAACAACAAUAGCAACAAUAAUCGUAACAACAAUCGCAACAACAAUAGCAGCAAUAAUCGCAACAACAAUACGCAAUGCGGUCGUCCAAUAGCUGGCAACUCUCUUCCCCGGGAUAAGGAUCUACUUGCGGCGGCAAGGGUGCAAUUCUCUAGGCCUCCGUUUGAAAAUCAGCGUGGUAUCAGGUUUCAACGUGGUGAAACACUGAAUCCAUACCCGGUUGUACAUCAAUUUAACUCAACUUUCGCACCAGAUAGGCACUGA